AGAUGUUUGAGCUCCUCCAUAUCAAGAACAAGAACAACACUGGAUCCCUCCCUCAGUUCUCGACCGAGGCUGGCGUUCCCCACUUUGCCUGGAAGUUGGCUCUUGCUGCUGGCCCUGUUGCCAACAAGGACAACAUCACCAAGAUCGAGCCCAUCCGCUUCGGUGGACAGAACACCGUUGAGAUGGCUGAUGCUAUCAACGGCCAGGGCAACUUUUCCUCUUAAACUUUUAAAACCUCUCCGUUUAUGCCUGAAAUAACAAAUGAAAAGUUAAAC